GAAACUUUUCCCAAUCCCUAAAAGGGACUUGGCCUCUUUUUCCGGGCUCGGCAGCGCAGCCGCUCUGGACCGCGGCUCGUCGACCCUCGGCGCUGCCGAUUUGCCGGGGGGCUUGGAGAGCCGCCUUCCCGCGUCCUCGCGCGGAACGGGGGUCCGGCCUCGGUCCACUGGGCCCGCGGCGCCUCCGCUCGGUCCCGGCCGCCCGGCCCGGCUGCCACCCGGCGGGUCCCGAGCGCGAGCAGCGGGCAGGGGCCGGCGCCGCGCUCGCCUCCCGGGCGCGCCCUCCAGGAUGCCGAUCCGCCCGGUCCGCUGAAAGCGAGCGCCCCUUCUCGGCCCGAUCGCCGGCGCCUCCUCCACCUCGCCCCGAGCUUCCCGGAGCCCCGGCCGCCCGCGCUGGUCCCUUCCUCUCUCCUCUGCUCGCUGUCGCUGUCGCUCUCGCUCCCGGGCCUUCCUCGCUCCCCGGCCGCAGCCCGUGCGCGCAGGCGGUGGAGAGCCGUCGCAGACGCAGCAUGCAGGCGCGCUACUCCGUGUCCGACCCCAACGCCCUGGGAGUGGUGCCCUACUUGAGCGAGCAGAAUUACUACCGGGCGGCGGGCAGCUACGGAGGCAUGGCCAGCCCCAUGGGCGUCUACUCGGGCCACCCGGAGCAGUACGGCGCGGGCAUGGGCCGCUCCUACGCGCCCUACCACCACCACCAGCCUGCGGCGCCCAAGGACCUGGUGAAGCCGCCCUACAGCUACAUCGCGCUCAUCACCAUGGCCAUCCAGAACGCGCCCGAGAAGAAGAUCACCCUGAACGGCAUCUACCAGUUCAUCAUGGACCGCUUCCCCUUCUACCGGGAGAACAAGCAGGGCUGGCAGAACAGCAUCCGCCACAACCUCUCGCUCAACGAGUGCUUCGUCAAGGUGCCCCGCGACGACAAGAAGCCCGGCAAGGGCAGCUACUGGACGCUGGACCCGGACUCCUACAACAUGUUCGAGAACGGCAGCUUCCUGCGGCGCCGGCGGCGCUUCAAAAAGAAGGACGUGCCCAAGGAGAAGGAGGAGCGGGCCCACCUCAAGGAGCCGCCCCCCGCGGCGUCCAAGGGCGCCCCGGCCGGCCCCCCGCUGGCGGACGCCCCCAAGGAGGCCGAGAAGAAAGUGGUCGUCAAGAGCGAGGCGGCGUCGCCGGCGCUGCCGGUCAUCACCAAGGUGGAGACGCUGAGCCCCGAGAGCGCCCUGCAGGGCAGCCCGCGCAGCGCGGCCUCCACGCCCGCCGCGUCCCCCGACGGCUCGCUGCCCGAGCACCACGCCGCCGCGCCCAACGGGCUGCCGGGCUUCAGCGUGGAGAACAUCAUGACUCUGCGAACGUCGCCGCCGGGCGGCGAGCUGAGCCCGGCGGCCGGGCGCGCGGGCCUGGUGGUGCAGCCGCUGGCGCUGCCCUACGCCACCGCGCCGCCCGCCGCCUACGGCCAGCCGUGCGCGCAGGGCCUGGAGGCCGGGGCCGCCGGGGGCUACCAGUGCAGCAUGCGCGCCAUGAGCCUGUACACCGGGGCCGAGCGGCCGGCGCACAUGUGCGUCCCGCCCGCCCUGGACGAGGCCCUCUCGGACCACCCGAGCGGCCCCACGUCGCCCCUGAGCGCCCUCAACCUCGCCGCCGGCCAGGAGGGCGCGCUCGCUGCCGCGGGCCACCACCACCAGCACCACGGCCACCACCACCCGCAGGCGCCGCCGCCCGCGCCGGCUCCCCAGCCACAGCCGGCCCCGCAGCCCGCGGCCGCCGCGGCGCAGGCGGCCUCCUGGUAUCUCAACCACAGCGGGGACCUGAACCAUCUCCCGGGCCACACGUUCGCGGCCCAGCAGCAAACUUUCCCCAACGUCCGGGAGAUGUUCAACUCCCACCGGCUGGGAAUCGAGAACUCGGCGCUCGGGGAGUCCCAGGUGAGCGGCAAUGCGAGCUGUCAGCUGCCCUACAGGUCCACGCCGGCGCUCUACCGCCACGCAGGCCCCUACUCCUACGACUGCACCAAAUACUGACCUGCCCCGGCCGUCCCUGCCCCGGCCCUGUCCGCUUCGCUCCCCGGGCCCGACCCUCUCAGACAGUUAAGGCUGCAGAGACCAAAAAAGAAACAAAACAUGCCCACCGACUUUUGCGCAGACGCGGCAGGCAGCGGAGAGCCCGGGCGCGCCAGCCCUCGGCGGUCUGCAAAGCGUGCAGGUAACUCUAUUCGCCGCCCCGUUUCUGGGAUCCCAGGAAACCCCUCUAAAGGGACGCAGCCCAACGCAAUGAAUAUCGAUUUUAAAAUCCCCCUCCCCUACCAGCAUGGCUGUGCUCGGCUCCACUUGGGGUUUCAAAAGUUAAGUUAUGGACCAAAUCCCGUAGCGACCCACUAAGGACUUUCUGUAGAGACCUCCACAGGUGUAUGGGGGUCUCUAUGGAUAACGUAUGUGCUGUGUGUAAUUUUAAAUUUCUCUAACCGUGUUGUACAAAUGUGUGGAUUUGUAAUCAGGCUAUUUUUUUUUUGUUGAUGUUAAGAGCCAUUAAUAUAAUAUUUAAAGUUGAGUUCACUGGAUAAUUUUUCAUCUUGCUCAACCAUUUCUAACUGCCAAACUGAAUUCAAGAAACCUAUGUGGGUUUUGUUUCUUGUACAAUGAUGAGCUAUAAUUCUUUUCCCAGUUGUAGAUCUUUUACAAAACAAGAAAAUAAUUUAUUUUUUUUUUGUUGGUGGAUAAAGAAGUCAAGUAUCUGAUACUUUUUAUUGAUAAAGUGCGAUGGUUUUGUACAGUAGAUUCCACCUUGAGUAUUCCUUAAAAAACACAAAAAUUUUAACUUCAUCUGUGUUUGUCUUAUGUGGUCUUAAUUGUUGUACUUACCUUAAAAUAAACCCAUGUUGUUUUUCUGCCC